UUUAUUUAAGUAGAUUCGUCAGCACAUCUCAACAUAAUCAGCUCAGCUUGGCAGCCGUUCAGUCAGUUGCGUGGUUGAGCUUGGCCUAUCAUAAUGUCGCGGAAGCUUUGCCUGCUAACCUUUCUACUGUUGUGCAGUCUGGUAGCGCCCCAGUGUGAUUCAACCGCACCGCUCAAUACGUCAUCAAGUGGAUUCGCGUUCGAAAUGAUUUUGGUGAAGUUGCAACUACUGGAGCAUCAAUUCAUCGUACAUAAUAUGGAAACAGAGGAAAAGAUAACAGUACUGAGCGCCAAAAUAGAAAAUCUUAUUAAAAAUGUCGAGAGCCUUGCUUGGACGGCACAGCAAACGGAAGAAACGGCAAAUCAGCUCAAACUAAAUGGAAAGUACAUUGCGAAAAAUCUCACCGCAAUCCAGAGUGAUCUUACAAGUGUGCUCACUGAACAGAAGCUGUUGAGAGCGAAAAACCAGUGGAAAGAUCAGUAUCUUUCCCAGCGCUGUGGUAAUUCAACGAUACUCACGCUCAAUGGAGGAAGUCUAGGAGGAAUCGAUCACAGCUACAAGUCCUGCAACAAGAUACCUUUUCUAGUGUCCGGAGUGUACACGAUUCAACCGGAAAAGCCUUUUAAGAAAGCCAUAACUGUGUUGUGUGAUCAAGAGUACGAAUCAGGCGGAUGGACUGUGAUACAGCAUCGGUUCGAUGGAUCACUGAAUUUCUACCGCGAAUGGCAGGAGUACAAGGAUGGGUUUGGCAAUCUGGACGGUGAGUUUUGGCUGGGGUUGGAUCGUAUACAUCAGCUGACUAAUGCGGAACCUCAUGAGCUGGUGGUUCUUUUGGAGGAUUUCGAGGGCAACAAAACACACGCAAAGUACGACCAGUUUCAAAUAGGAAACGAACACGAAAAGUAUGCGCUCAACGUGCUAGACGGCUAUUCGGGCACGGCAGGCGACUCAUUGGGAGGUGCAAAAGCCAUGAAGUUUUCUACGUUCGAUUCGGACAAUGAUUCACACACCACUAACUGUGCCUCAGUUUACCAUGGUGCAUGGUGGUAUGCAGGCUGUCAUCAGAGCAACCUCAAUGGGAAAUAUUUGCGGGGACAUACGGAAGAAUAUGCAACGGGUAUGGUUUGGAAAUCGUUUGGCGGCUAUCAUUAUUCGUUGAAAAGCUCCAAAAUGAUGAUUAGACCUAAAUCUAACUGAUAACGAUGUGUGUACUCAAUUAGUUAGAAGAAGUUAGAAGGACCUGACCGAUCGUAUUGCUAGAUAGUUAAUUUUUAUUGUAUGUUUCAUUUGAAGAACUAUUUGAAUAAAAAAAAAACAAUUAUUAAAUUUGAAUUAUUGAAUUAAUGGAAACAUAAAAAGGUUUUAUAAAUAAAAUUGAAACAUGUCGAGCAUAAAAGGGCGAUCAUGGUGAGUAAAAGAAGAGUGAAUCCAGCGUAAAUGUUGUCACAUGAUAAGCCAGUUGAUGCUUCAAUUCCCAAAUUUAAACCAUGAAGAUGAUGUUGAUUCCACCACAUGCCCUUGCAUACGCCCAGGAGGGUCAAAGCUAUCCCCAAAUUAUCAUCGAUAAAUUGCCAUCGAUUUAUUGAGUCAUCAUAUUGUCAUACUGACGUAUUACAAUAAAUUAAA